UAAAAUAAAUUCAUGGUGUGUGACUGACCUGACCCAAAAUAUAAUAAAAAAUAAAAAUACCUAUUUGAUUAGAAAAUCAAUCAAAAAUUAAUGGUGUACCUACCUAAAAACGUGAAUUGAAACUGAAAUAUGGUCAUUGGAAAUAAAACCAUGCCAAAGGGGCGCAGAGUCGACAGAGCCGGCAAGUCAUCCCGGAAGAAUUUGAUUGAGAUCGACGCGCCAUUUGAUACCUCUGGCAAUAUCUAUAGGUCGUGUUCGUCGUCGCUAGCGCCGGAGGACGUGAUAGACCUCGGCGCACCGCGCGGCUGUCGCCGCAGGGUCAACGGACGCGCCGCGGACAGCCGCACCUCGCCGCCGUCUCGCGCGCCUGCACUCUACACGCCUAACCCACGACUAUACCCAGGACCGUCAGGCGGCAACAAAAAACGUCGAAAGACACGUUCACCAGAAGGCCGUCGAAAACGAUGCGGGCGCGAUAAGAAAUUCACCAAGCCCGUACCGAAUUCUCGGUUGUACCGUCCGGCGCCCGCGCGACCGCCGCCACCGUCGCCGCAACCGCGUGAGAGCUGGCCCACUCCUGCACCACCUGCUAAGAGUUUGGACACAGCGUCAAGAGCUGCGUUGCGUUUGUUGCAAGAGAGACAUCUGCGCCGGCCAUCUUUGUCACCUCUGCGCGACGUGCCCGCCCCGCCAUCGGCAAGCUCCACGCUCGCCAAUGCAGUAAAAGCGCGGCGUCUAGUAGUGACACUACCGGCGGCGGAGUCGGGCGACGCGCCGCGGUACGAGCCGGCCAGUGAGCACUUCCGGCUUCGCGCCAGGCCUUCGCUGGGCUCGGGCGCGUCCACGCCGCCGGCCGCCAUGGCCACUACCAACAAGCACUCCACCAGCCCCGACUGUUCCGACGGAAACGAUGCCUCCUCGGCUCCCAGCGAGUUUUUAGCAGAGUUCUUGUCAGCGAUAAUGCGUCGACAAUAUGCAGAGGCGCUGAAGUACUGCCAGCUCAUCCUGCAGUACGAGCCGCACAACUCCACGGCGCGCGGCUUCUACCCGCUGCUGCAGCACAAGGUGACCGUGCACGCCAACACGCACCGCAAGCCACAGAAGAAAGAGGAGACGAGUUCCGAAAGCGAAGAUACCAGUCCCAGGAAAGGUGGUCUGUCCAGCGCACACAUGCAAAAGAAAAUAGCAGACCUAGACGCUGAAACAGAAGGCUCAGCGGAGGCGUCAGGGUCUGGUGACGAGGAAAUGGAGCAAGGCGCGGACGGCUCAGGUUCAGCUUGCUCCUCGCUGGAGCUGGACUCCGAGCCCUCGCCCGCCUCGCCCUCGCCCCGCACGCCGCACACCCCGCACACGCCGCGCCGCUCGCCCCGCGAUACCGACCCUGCAGACACCUCCGACCCCACCGACCCCUCCGACAGCGCGUCGUGGCGCUGGGAGAGCGGCGGCUCGCGAUCGGAGCGCGACGACAACGGCAACCCCGCGCCGGUGCAUACGCACUACCAAGGUGUAGACGAGACGGACGUGGAAAAUGACAACGCACUGCUACCCUCACACUCACAUCUCAAGAGCGAAUCGGUGUCGUCGCUGCAACGGUUACGCGCGCAAUUCACGUGCUCCAUCAAGUGAGCACAACCACCGCCUCACCCUGUAGCCUGUAACCUGUAACCCACCCCCACCCGCUCUAAGUACUACUAGUACUAACUACGUCCACUAACCACUUGUCCGUCUAGUUAUGUUCAUUUUGUUCAUGUUCUUGUUAUUUGUCAAUACAAAUUGUAAAUUGUAAGGCUCAGCGCGCAUGACCGUUUUUACAGAUAGCUGAUUUACGCCCAAAAUUAAUUAGUAAUAGAAAUUAAAGAUUGAUUUCAAACGUUACAAAUCGGUCGGUAAAAUGUACAAAAAUUACGUGGCCUACAUAGAAUUUAUAGACUGUGUUUUAAUUUGGCCGAUUUUUCAUUUUGCGAGUUUCGAAAUCGGUCAGUGAUUUAAGUAUGGUUCAGUAAAUCGCCUUAAAAAUCGGUCUUGCUCGCCUAUCCUAAAUCGUCAUUUUCACACCUUGUGAUACUUUUGUAAAACUGUAGAUAAUUUCAUUUCUUCUUUUGUAUUGAUACAGCAAUGAAACAAAGAUUUUGUAUUUUAAAUAAAAAGGCCUAUUCGGGCACCUUGCAUUUUUAAAUUAAAGUAGGAAUUGUAAUAAAUUGCAUAAAUACUUAA